AUGCAAGUGGGUAUCAUGGCCCACAGCUGCGUCAAUUUGCUGGCUAGGAGUAUGCAAAAAGGUCUCAGGUCGGGACGCGGGAAUUACGUGGCACAAGCAGGCGACAAGUUCAUUUCGAUUGGACAUCUCACUCAUGUGGGGGAUGACCACAUUGAAUAUUCUGUGAACACUGUCCCAGGAUGUUCGGGAGCUCCAGUAUUUCUGUUGCCAGAGGACCAGGGCGAUGACGACAAUUACAUGAAACUCAUUGGAAUUCACGCGGGCUUUUCCGACGCUCUUGGAACUAACUUUGGUUUCUUGGUUGCCGAGCAGGUUGAAGGUUUCUCAAGGUUUCUUGGUUGGCCGAGCAGGUUGAAGGUCGAGGUCACGAAACGGAAUACGUAUUUCCAAAAAGGUUGA